GCCGAAAUUGCAUAUUCUCGAAAGGUAUUGUGUUUUUUUUGAUAAUCAGAACUGGGUAAUGAGAUUUUCUCGAAUUUUUAGUUUCAAACAUGUUUUUUUAGGAUAUUUUGGCUCUCUGUAAUUUUUGCUGCCAUUUGCGCUGCAGUAACAGUCUUCAUUUCGAAUUUGACAAGAUUUUCUGCAAAUCCCACCGUCAUCUCCAUAGAGAAAGACUUCAGGAACUGGGAAAAUAUAUUUCCGGCCGCCACUGCUUGUUUCAAUGACAAGGUGGAUCUCGAUAAAGCUGAAAAAUAUAUUCUGAGUAAAUGGGGAGUGAGUUCGAACCACGGAAAAUACGAGUAUUAUUUGAGGUUUCUGUAUUUCGUAUCGAAUGUAACCUACUACAAUUUCGAAGAUUUUGUGGAUUUUAAAGAUGACAAAACCUUGGAAGAUAUAGACAUUCCUGAUUUAGUAAUGAAGAUACAUCCAACGCUUUCUGGAAGUUUGGUGACAGUAGAAAAAAGUCAGAAGAUAGCUUGGCGCUUGAUAUUGACCGAAUUGGGUGUCUGUUUCACUUUCAAUUCAAAAUUGGCCAAUUUGCUAUCAGUCAAAAAUGGUGAUGAAAUUAAUACGAAACAAGAAAAAUCGAACCUCUUGAAAUGCCAUUACCUGAAUGGUCUAUGUUACGCAAGAUACGAUUCUGAUCUUGACAGACCUUUGAAGUAUUUCGUACAUUCCCUCAUAGAAUCUCCACAGAUUACCUCAAAAUCCUCGUUCGAAAUAGGAUCAAGCGAAGAGAUGGAAGUCGACUACAAGAUGAUAGAAACCGAUUCCUCUCCGGAUAUAAGAUCUUUGAAACCCUCUCAGCGCAAUUGUCGAUUCGAAGACGAACCUUUCGCCGCCGAUAUGGGGGUGUACAGUACUGCCACCUGUCAAAUGACGUGCAGGAAGCAGCUAGCCAUCAAGUUGUGUGGAUGCAAACCACAUUUCUAUCAUUUCUUGGAUGGUCCAGUUUGCACCAUUUCUGGUCUGCUGUGUUUAUCGAAAUAUUCUGAGGAAUUGACGAAACCUGCAUCAGAAGUGGGAUGUGUUUGUCCCCAGCCUUGUCACAUUAUCACUUAUUUGCCUCUCAAUCCCAAGUACACUAAAUGGGAAAUAGGGGGAUACUUUGAUCAAAGAAUCACGUUCAGAUGGGGCCUUCUACAUCCAACCACCAAAUAUAGGAGAGAUAUUAUUUUUGGAUUUGGAGAUUUUAUAGUUUCACUUGGAGGAACGUACAACUUAUUCUUGGGAAUAAGUUUCAUAACAUUGAUUGAAGUGGUUUUUCUGAUGUGCGAAUCUCUCGUUAAGAGUUUGGGACAUUAUAGAGAUAGAAAACGAAUUAGAAUUCAUCAAUGCAACGCACUUAUCCAGUGACUAGAAAAAUUGAAUUGGAUCAAAAUUACAAAUAAAGAAUGUGCAAACCAACGAAAUGGUUUGAUGACGAUAUAUUAAUAAUAUUAAUAACUAUUGAGUGUCAUUGAAAUGCUAAG